UCUUGACGGUAGUUAAUACCACUGAUUUAUGGGUUUCAAAUACAACGAGUAUUUUGGUAGCUUUGAUUGUUUUUUUGCUCUCUAAUCUCUAAUAGAGAAAAUACGAAACACUGGACGCGAUUCUACGGCGGCCGCUAAACCUCCUAAUUUUAUUUAGGCGUCGCUAAACCACUUUGCUAUUCUAUGAGCAGCUGUCAUAAUCAAAUGACAACACCAAUUUGAAUCUGACGUUUCUUAAUUUAGGUGGUCUAUUCAAUUUAGGUUUAGCUGCUUAAAUGCUAUUCAGUACAUGUCUUUUUUAAACAAAAACAUAGAAACGUCAAGCUAAACUGACUAAUUUUAGCGGCGAAUAAAAUAGUCCCGUUUAAAAUACGAUAACACAAAAAAGUCAAGUUUUGCAGAAUUUCUUUUUCGAAAUGGAUGAAGAAUACGUCAUAGCUGCUGUGGUGGCCGAAGAGAGGGAGUAUGGCGAGGGCGAGGGUGAAAAAAUUUAUUUGAAGAGGUUGCGAGACGAGUCUAACCCAUUUGACCGGUCCGAGCGGAAGUUCCGUAAAUUGUUUAGGCUGUCGCGGGCCAUGGGCCGUCACGUAGUGGACACUCUGUGUGAAGGCGAUGCGCUACGAGCGGGGACGGUGCCACCACAUUUAAAGGUCCUAAGUGCACUGAACUUUUUUGCCCAUGGCAGCUACCAGACUGCUGUGGGAGAAAUUAAUAUACUAGCUCAAAGUCAGCCAACAAUAAGCCGCAGUCUGGCAGAUGUGUGUCCUGUUAUUAUAGAAAGGUUGACCCCACAGUGGAUCAAAUUCCCAGUGACCAGACUGGAGAAAGACAGGGCAAUGCGGGAGUUCCAGGACAAUUUUGGAAUGCCAUAUACAUUGGGUGCGGUAGAUGGGAGUCACAUCCCUAUACACAAACCCCCAAAUAACCACCCUAUAGCCCCGGGUAAUAUUUUCUACAACAGAAAAGGGUUUUAUAGUAUAAAUUGUCAAGUGGUGUGCGAUGCCACAGGUCGGAUCACUAGCGUAAACCCUAACUUUCCGGGUUCAACCCAUGAUGCUGCUGUUUGGAGGAGCAGCAAUGUGCACCAGCACCUCGAAGGGCAGUAUCUUCAGAACCAAGCGAUGGAGUGGCUUCUUGGGGACAAAGGCUACCCACUUCUCCCGUGGCUGAUGACACCUCAUCCUGACCCAGUUGCCGAGUCACCAGAGGCAAGGUUUAAUAGGUGCCAUGCACAGGCGAGAGGGGUCAUAGAGAUGUGCUUUGGAGUAUUAAAAAACAAAUUUAGAUGCCUUCAUCGCCACCGUACGCUGCAUUACAGUCCAGAAAAAGCUGCCAAAAUUAUAAUAUCAUGCUGCACAAUUUAUAAUAUGAUUAAUGAAUUAGAAAUUAAUCAUGAUUCAGACAGCAGUGACGAUUCUGAGAGUGACGAAGACAUCACAGAUCUAAGUGAAGUAGAGGAGGAUGAUGAAGAACAGAAUGAUCCUGAAGAUCUCCCACAACAACCAGAGAAUGAUGUCAAUUUUUUUAAUGAAGCCCGUGGACGACGUGCAUUUUUAAUUAAUAGAUUUUUUAAUUGAUUAAAACAUCAACUGUUUUUUUUAUUUGAUUUGUCGGCCUGUUUAGCCUAGUUGGUAGUGACGCUGCCUAUGAAGCUGGAGGAGAGAAAACAUUUGUUCCUGAGACUUGGAUGUUUUCUAUGUAUACAUAUCUAUAAUAUAUCAUCGUCUAGUACCCACUACAAGCCUCAUUGAGCUUACUAUGAGACUAGUUCGACUUGCGUAAAAAAAUGCUUUCUAAUAUUUAUGUAUUAAAAACACAGUUAACACUAUCAUAGUCUUUUAUUACUUAUUACAAUUACAGUUUGGUACAUUCCUUCAUAACUUAUAGUUUAAGUAAUAUUUUGAAAUAAAUCUUGCCAUCUCUGUGUAAAUUAAAAUGAGCCUUAAGGCAAAUCAAGUUAUUGUUUUUCGCUUAUUAGGAUAUGCCUAGAAAAAUAUUUGAAAGCUGACAAAAUGUUCUACAUUCUAUACUGGAAACAGGUUUUUUUUGGGAAAUUUAGACCCAUUUGCGGAGCGAUAUUUCAUUCUGAUAGCAGUAUAUAGGUAAAAGUACUGCUAUCAGUCUAUACCGUCGAGUUCAUUAUGAGCAUUUCCAAGGUUUCAAACAUAAAUGUACGUAGUAAGGUACAAAUACUUAUAUCUAAACAGAUUAUUUUAAAUAUUUAUCUGAGCAAGCCUCUCAAUAAUGCUUAAGCAACUGGAAAAUAAUAAAUGUCUGUAUUGUAGAGCAAUGGUUCUUAGACAUGUUUUAUCAUUAUCAAAUCGGUCCAGCCGUUUUUGAGGAAAAUGUUGUUCUUUGAAAUGAAAAUGUCAGGGGCUUACCAACUUUCCUGAGUUGGUCAGUUAUUUCAAUCAUCAUCAUCAUAUCAGCUGAUGGACGUCCACUGCUGGACGUAGGCCUCCCCUCGUUUCAAUAUCUAACGUUAAAUUUAAAUCACAGUUAUUUACGAGUGGCACUAGUGCACACAUUACAGACUUCCAGGGGUCUCCAUUCUUCCUUACAAAUAAAACAAAUUAUCAAUAUACAAAAUAAAAUUACUAAGUAUUAACAAAUCAUUACUGCAGCCUACAGGUCGAAACGCACAGAGCAGGCGCGGCACGGUGCGGCGCGGAGGCGGUUUUGCAUUUUUGAUCUUUCCGAAACUAUCGACUGUCAUUACUGCUUCAUUUUUUGAUAGGACGUCCCCCGGACCGCGUUGGCUUCACCAAAAAACCGUCUCCGCCACGCAACGACGCUGUGCCGCGCUCUGUGCUUUUCAAGCUUACAUCAUGAAUUUAGGGGUCAAGCUGACCUCUCAGGGUCGGGUACUCUUAGGUUGUUUACCUCCUUAGAACCCCAAACUGACAACUAAAAUUCCGCUCCAUGCAAUCUACAAUGAUUUUAGAAAAUAGAAUGGCCUACUAUUUUCAUUUAUAGAUAAAAUGUUUCAAACAUAACAAUUUAAAUAGAUAAAUUUGAUUUCUGGGCCACUUCGUACGUUGUCACAGUGAUAAUAAUAAGAGAUCUCUAACAGCUUCAAAUUGAUUUUCACUGUGACAAGGUACGAAGUGGCCCAGAAAUCAAUUUGGUCGACCGUACUUGCAAAAUUGCAACUCUAUUCCGCUUGUUGUUGGUAAAUCAAAAUGUCACUAGUUUUGCAAGUAAACGCUAGUUUUCCGCUUCACUUUUCAUACGAACGUAAAAGUACGUCGUUCUCAAUUGAAAACAGACCAUCAAAGUCAAUAAAGAUUUGUAGAUAUAUUCUAAAAACGAGUACAUGUGGUUUGUCAAAAUUUUGUAAAGAUAUGUUGUUUCAAACUAAACGGAGAAUACAUUUUGAACAAAAAUCAUUAAGCUUAGAUAUGUAGAUUGACAACCUCCAAUUUUAGCAAAAGCUAGCAAAGCAAAGGAAUAUUCCCUUUAGAAAUAUGUGUACAAACAUUUAAUGACUUGUUGGCUCGUCUUCAAAUAAGAACUAUGUUUGUAUGAAAAGUUGGAGCGAAGAGAAGCCCGAAUAAGGGGAAGGGGUCAAAUAUUUUCAUACAAAAAAUAACAAUAAAUAUCGCUAACUUACUAAAGAAACAACAAAUUGGAUGGCUCCUACUGUUACUCUAAUAGAUCUUCGUCUAAAUAUUCUACCGACUGCCCACCACCAUCAUUGUUCUGUAAACCACCAUGGUUCCUAAUAGCCGAGGAAAUGGCCUCCCCUGCUACUCUGAUGGCAGUGGCUAAGGUCUCUGCUGCCUGUGUUAUUGUAGACCGGAAUAAUUCAUGAUUCCGGUCUAAUGACCCUUGCAGUAAUUCUGCUGGUUUGGGCCGCGAAGGUCUUUUCCGCUGUCGUCGUUGCGACGAGGUAAUAAAUGAGCGAGGAAGAGUACGUUCUGGCCUAUGAGAACUCCGCAAUUGGGCUGAAGAUGAUGGAGGUUGAACAGCAGCAGAUGAUGGCUGGACAGCAAUUGGUGGCUGGACAGCACCUGGUGGGUGGUCAGCGACUGAUGGCUGGAUAGCAAUUGGCAGCUGGGCAGCAACUGGUGGUUGUUCAUCAACUGGUGCCGGUGUUGAAAUUUCAACAGA